AUGGUGGUGAACCUCCUGAACCAUGCAAGAGGUACAUUCUAUAAGCCCAAGCUGCAGGCCAGCUUUGCCAAGGGCAUUUUCCAGCCCAUGCUGAUGGCAUCGUGUCAGUGCCAGCCGCAGCACGGGCUGCUCGGCAGCAUCACCAGCUCUGCCCUUCCCACGGAGCGAGCGGCGCUGCCCCGGAGCGGCUGCGGGGCAGAGCCGGGGCCGGCAGAGCCCAGCCCGGCUGGAAAGCCUUCGUGCCUGCCCUUCGCGGACUGUGAGCGCUGCCAGCCCAAGCCUGGUGCCAGCCCCGGCGCUGAAGAGGCUUUUCCUCAGCCCGUGCAGUUUGUGGGUAAAUGCUGUAAAUAUGAGCCAAGAAGAUUUAAAAGAAAGUCACUAAGCCACGCAAGCGAAUUAACUUGUUUUAGACAACAUGCGGCUGGGUUGCAGCCUUUUACAGGCAGGAACAUUAUUUCUUUCCUGUGCCAAAGACUGACUGUGUUUGCCCUCCUGCUUUACUUCUGCUGUGGAAGAAAUUUAAGCAAGAACAUGUACAGUGAAUUUCUCAAUUCAACCAGUGCCACUGAAGCUCACCUAAUGAUUCAGACCAACACGCCGUACCUGAGCAGCACCCCGAGACCCGUGAGCUCCUCCGCUCUUUACAUGUCGACAGCCAGGGUGUUAAAAGAAGGGGAAAUAAAUAAGCCAGACCUAGUGACUUACAUAAUUCUGUUUUUUUUCCUGUUCUUGACUGUGACAUUCAUUGUGUUCUUCAUAAACUGCCAGCUGAAAAAUUCUUUUUUUGCUACUCUUCCUUACGACAGAUCGCUCAGGGAGGCAAGGAACCCGUGGAGGACACAAGCUGUCUGACACUUCUCAUUCCAGCAGGAGCAGGCACCAGAAACCCUGUGCAAUAAGGAGUUAGUUCCAUGUGCCAGUGCAUGGAUGUGACCCCCUUUAGAGGAAUGAGCAGGAGGAGAUUGCUGAAAAUUAUGCUGUAUGCCAAUCUGAGUAGCUGUAAAUAAAAAGCUCUGUUAUGAAAAGAAUGCUUUAGCAAAUUUAUACAGGUUUUUUGCAAAAAAAAGUGCCCCAUGAUUCCAGAUUAAGCUCUGUGUGUAUGCAAAUGUCAUCAUCUACCCAUUCAGUAUCCAUACAAGGAUACUUGUAUUAACAACAAUCUCUGAUUUGGGCAUCUGGUGGAGCUUGUUCCCCUGUUUAUGAAACCAAGCAUCAAAAGUAAAAAGCCAGAGUGUUUACCUAACAGCUCCACACUGAGAUGAGUUUACUUUCCAGACCCGUUUCCCCCAACUGCUGCUGGAACUGCAGUUGUGUAGUUGUGUGAUGAUGUUGUGGGAGGCCUGCCAGGCAGGAGGAGAAAAUGAAAAAAUGUUUAUUUAGGCUUUUGAUUAUCAUUCUGUUGUGUUUUUGAUGUUUGAAUGCAUCAUCGAUCAAGUCUUAAGUUACUACUUAUGUGAAACAUUUUUUUAUGUAAGGAAUUUAUUUUCAACUUUCAUAAGCUGCAAAGGAAAUUAUUUGCCACGGCAUGAAACCAAAAUAAUCAGGAUGGGGAACAGUGGGGAAAGAAAAUGAAUAGAUUUAAUGUUAUGCAAACUAAUGAAAGGGGUGAGCAGAGUGCUCCAAGUUUGGGACACAAAGUGGAUAAGUUCUGAAAGCCAUAAAACACAACUUUAUAGGAAUAGUUGCUUUACUGCACAGUAUUCCCACUCCUUGCUCUUCAUCGAAACCUAGCCCAAUUAAAAGCAUGAAUUAUCCAUGUGGCAACAGCUUGGUUCAGCACUGGUCACUGGUAAGCCCCACCACUUCAAAUUACUAACUAUCUGAUUUUGUUCUACAAUCAGAACAAAAAUAGCUUCUCCUUAACACUGGUAGUUGACAAGCUAUUUUGUAGAUGCUGAUUUCUUGCAAACAUGCAGUUACAGCACAAUUCCAGACCAAGCUGCAUGAACCCCAGAAGAGUAUCCAUAAUUCCAGAAUUCCCACAAAUAGUGGGCAAAGGGCUGGUUUGUUUUGGUUUUUUUAAGUCAAAUGGCUCAAUAUGCAGGAGAAUUGCAGCUAUCCAGAAACACCCAGUCGUAAACCUUAUUUUAGCCGCAAUUUUGAGUAUUGGAUCAUCUGAAAUGGGGUUCAAAGUGGUGUCAGAUGCUGCUUCUAAUCCUGUUCUUGACCUGCAGAGUACACCAGAGAAGCUGUGUGUAUAUGUGUGUACAUAACUUAUUUCAUCCAAAUGAGGAGAUUUUACAAUGCAAUUACACAUGCAUACAGGUUUGCACUCAAGAACACAAAGUGCGUAUAUAUGGAAGUCUGUUUGCCAGCCUUUUCUUUUUUAAUCUAUAAAUGGCACAGUUGCUAACACUUCCAUGUCACUGUCUUUGUUACCAUGUUUUAUUUUGCUCAAAUAAGCUAAACUACUACAUAACAGAUUUCAGUAUUUUAUUCCUUGAUAUGUGGCCAAUAUUUCCUCUGAACCAAAUUUAGCAGGUGUAAUUCCAAGUUACUCUAAUGCAGAAAGCAACAAUAAAUGCAAGUGUAUUUCUCUCAGCCCUUUUUAAAUAAAUCAAGUUUUAUCAAAUCA